UCAGUUAAUCUGCCACAAGGCACCUUGUAGUCCAGUCACCAGUUUUGUAGAACUUCAUCUAUUCACCAUGGCUCCCUCACCCCAAGAAACUAUGGUGGAACAGCAGCCCAAGACCAUCCCUCGGGGAUUAACUGGUGAAGAACUGGUGAUUAGUGGCAUGUCUGGAUUAUUCCCCAUGUCUGACAGUGUUUUGGAGUUUAAGGAGAAUCUGUAUAAUAAGGUUGACAUGGUAUCGAAUGAAAACCUUCGAUGGGACAUCCGCCACCCUGAAAUCCCCAAACAUUUCGGCAUGAUAAACGGAGUGAACCGGUUCGAUGCCCAGUUCUUCAAGGUGCACUACAAACAAGCCCUUAUUAUGGACCCUAUGAGUAGGAAACUCUUAGAACAUGCGUACCAAGCUAUCUUCGACGCAGGUAUCAACCCAUUGGAGCUUCGAGGAAAGAAAAUUGGUGUUUUCAUCGGAGCUGCUUUCUCCGAGUCGGAGAAACUUAUCAUUUACGAGUCUAUUCAGCGUAAUGGAUUCGGUAUUACUGGAUGCAACAAAUCCAUGUACGCCAACCGUAUCUCCUACUGGCUGGACAGCAAAGGUCCGUCCUAUGCUCUGGACGUGGCUUGCUCCAGCUCCAUGUCCUGCCUCGAGCACGCUUACACCAGCAUCAGCAGCGGUGUGUGCGAGGCUGCCAUUGUAGGUGGAUGCAACUUGUGCAUGCAUCCUAAUGUGGCCUUGAAUAUGAGGAAGUACGGAUUCCUGUGUUUGGAUGGCAAGACGAAAUGCUUCGACAAGCACGGAGAUGGCAGCGUCAGGUCCGACGCCAUCAGCAUCCUCUUCUUGCAGAAAGCCAAGGACGCAAAGAGAAUCUACUCUGAAGUGUACUUUGCCAAAUCCUGCUACUCAAACAUAGUCCAAGAACAGUUCUUGCCAACUCGGAAACCAGAAGAGAUCCAAGAAUUUUUGGAAAAAUUCUAUAAAGAAGCUGGUGUGUCUCCUCGUGAUGUGGAGUACAUUGAAGCCAGUGCUUCAGCCAUCGCAGAAGCAGAUGCCAAUGAAUUGGAAGCAAUUGGCAAAGUAUUUGCUAAAGACAAAACUGUUCAAGUUGGAUGCGUCAAAUCUAAUAUGGGACACGCUGAGCCUGCGUCUGGAGUGUGCUCACUGACGAAGGUGUGUCUGGCAUACCAAACCGGCCAAAUCCCUGCAAACUUGCACUACUACGAGCCACAGGAUGAUAUUGAUGCAGUUCGUGAAGGAAGAGUCCAAGUUGUAACUGAAAACAUACCGUUUGGACGAGGAUACACUGCUUUGAACUCAUUCUCCUACAGUGGAACUAAUGUCCACGUUCUGAUGAAAGGACAUUAUAAACCAAAGGAUCUAGAACGUUACCGCAGCAGCAUUCCCCAUAUAAUCCUCACAUCAGGCAGACAAGACCAAUGUCUGAACAACUUGAUUGAUAAACUAGUCAAGCAGCCAGUCGAUCCUGAACAAAUUGCUCUUCUGCAUGAGAUUCAUGAAAAACCUAUUGCUGGACAUACUUGCCGUGGAUAUACUAUUCUUGGUACUGACGAGAAUAAAGAAACGGUAUGCAUUACUAAAGAAGUGGAAUUCAUAGACGGCGCGACUCGUCCAGUGUGGUUUGUAUACAGUGGUAUGGGAUCGCAAUGGGCUACCAUGGGCGCUGAGCUAAUGCGCAUCCCGAUAUUUGCUGCAGCUAUUGAGAGAUGCCAAAAAGCUCUAGAGCCCAAGGGUAUAGAUAUUGUGAAUAUUCUGACGAAUCCAGACAAGACUAUCUAUGAUAACAUCCUACACUCGUUCGUCGGUAUCGCUGCAGUACAAAUUGGUCUCACUGAUAUACUGAGGGAGUUGGGAAUCGUUCCUGAUAAUAUCAUUGGCCACAGUGUCGGUGAACUUGGUUGUGCCUACGCUGACGGCUGCUUCACGGCCGAGGAGAUGAUCCUCGCAGCUUACAGCCGUGGUCUCGUGUCUUUGCAGACUCCGUUCAUCCGCGGUUCUAUGGCUGCUGUUGGAUUAGGAUACAAAGCGAUCAAGGCCCUAUGCCCACCAGAGAUUGAAGUGGCCUGCCACAACAGUUCUGACUCCGCAACCAUAUCAGGCCCAGCUGAUAUCAUGAAGACCUUCGUCGCAGACCUGACUGCUCGUGGUAUCUUUGCCAAGGAAGUCCCGUGCUCCAACAUAGCUUACCAUUCAAGAUAUAUCCAGGAUGCUGGUCCUGGUCUUCUCAAAUAUUUGAAGGAAGUCAUCAAGAACCCCAAGGAACGCAGUAAGAAGUGGGUGUCUACCUCGGUUCCCCAAAACCAAUGGGAUGAACCAGCGGCCAAGUACUCAUCUGCUGAAUACCACACCAACAACUUAUUGAACGCAGUGCUCUUUGAAGAGACAUCCAAGUUGAUACCAGCGAAUGCUAUUGUGAUUGAAGUGGCGCCUCACGGGCUAUUACAAGCAAUCCUCAAGCGUUCACUAGCAGAAUGUACUCAUAUACCACUCACGAGACGCGGCCACGCCGAUCCAGUUAAGUUCUUGCUCGAAGCCUUCGGAAAAUUAUACUUGGCAGGACUUACGCCGAAAGUUAAAGCGCUGUACCCACGAGUAGAAUUCCCGGUGGCUACCGAAACUCCAAUGUUAUCGCAUUUAGUCGAGUGGGAACACAGUGAAGAAUGGCCCCAAGCAAAAUACUACGCGAAGGACAGAGUCGCAACAUCGAUCAGAAAUUUUGUUAUCUCCAUACACGAUGAUGACUACAAAUUCUUUGAAAAUUAUAAGAGAAAUGGUUCCUACGUUUUCCCUGAAGCGGCUAUCUUGACAGUGGUGUGGGAGACUCUCGCCAUGUUCAAGGGUGUCGAUUACAGGACUAUGCCCAUUGAAUUCAUUAACGUGCACUUCAACGACGAAAUUUAUUUCAAGGCCGAUGACCCUCUGAAACUCGAUAUCAAGAUACAGAAAGGAAAUUUGUAUUUCGAGGUUGACCACGACCAGACAGUUGUAGCUACUGGCUAUAUAUCUCAAUCGAAACCAAAGGAUAACAUGAAUCGAGUUCUGGAGAAGGCAUGUGAUGCAAAGAACGUAACUUUGAACACUCGAGAUGUUUACCAACUUUUGCGUAUGAGAGGAUACGAUUAUGAGGGUAAAUUCCAAUCAAUCCAUUCAAUCACAUCUGAUGGCACUGUAGCGAAUAUUAAAUACACCAACGAAUGGAUCCCACUACUUGAUUCUCUUUUACAAUUCAACGUGUUAAAGAGGGAUUAUUCUGGAUUAUCGAAACUGAUUCAUAUUAACAAAUUGAGUAUCGAUACUAAAGAAUAUUCAGAAACUGUGCAGAAUGAUGUAGAUGGCGUUCCUUGUUUGACUGCGGAGUACUUUGAUGUUCAUAACCUUCUUAGAUGCGGUGGUAUCGAAAUUGAAACUGUAAUGUACUCUGACAAAUUGGUGAUUGAGACUGACCCUGAUCUCAUACUUUCUCGAUGCUUCGUGCCUCACUUCCUUAUAGGAAAGAUUGACCUAAAGGCAGCAUUGCACGUGAACAUGCAGAUUGUUGCUGAAAAUAUACCAAGCCGUCAAAUAAAAGUGACUGAACUGUUUUCGACCAAAUAUCCAGAAAUCUCAAAGAUUAUCAGGGAAGUGACUGACGAAAUAACUGACAAAGAUUUUGUAAUGAGUGGAUUCAAUAAGGACGAAGUUGACGUGUCUACUGUUUUUGUAGUAGACAAUUUGUUGGAAGAUGAACAUAAAAUGGAAACCCUAGCAAGAGUGCUACCAAAAUCAACAUUCAUUUUAGCUGUCGAAAAAGAUAACGCAAAGAUUUACUCCAAGUACAAAUCCUUCAAUGUUGUAUCAUCUUACAACACUAACAACCAUAUACUUGUGUUAGUGAACACAAUUGAUGUUAGCAACAACGAGAACAUUACUUAUAUGCCUAUAACUAACGAUAGUAAGUUUACUUGGGUGCCACGAGUGCGUCAUGAGUUGGAGAAGACUAGGAAGCUGGUACUGGUCUCUGAAAGACAACCAAACUCUGGAUUUAUCGGCAUGGUCAAGAAACUGAGAGAAGAAUAUGGAAACAAGAUUGCUCUUAUCGUAGUUGACGACUACCACGUCGAAAAUUUCAACACCGAGGCUGCCGUAUUCAAAGAUCAGAUUCAAAAGAAACUGUCAAUCAACAUAUUCAAGAAGGGACAUUGGGGAGGCUAUUAUAAUAUUCCGAGUCCCAAGGAGACCAAUAUUAGAAGUGUGGCCCUAACAAGUACGUCUACCGGUGAUCUGGAUGGCUUGAAAUGGGUGGAAGUUCCUCAGUUGCCUGCCUGCAAUACGAUGGUUCAGGUGAGCUACGUUGGACUUUCCAACGAGGAUGCUAAUAAUGCUAUUGGUACUUCUCUGACACCAACAGAAGGCUUUGGAAAGGAGUUCAGUGGUAUCAACAUCAAUGGUGAACGAGUCAUGGGAUUGCUUCCCGAAAAUGCUCUACGAAGCGUCGUGGAAGCUGACCCAGAUCUAUUGUGGCCUGUACCAGAACACUGGAGCUUGGAAGACGCUGCUACCGUACCUCUGGCUUAUGUUAACGUAUUUUACUGCCUUAACUACGUUUUGAAAUCGAAAGUUGUUAAUAACAAAUCUAUAUUCAUAAACGGUGCAGCAGAACCUUUUGGGCAGGCGUUCAUCUCUGUGGCUUCAUUCUUUGGAUACAAAAUAUAUGCUAAUGUUGAAGAUAGACAGAAGAAAGAAUUCUUACUUAAACUGUUCCCGCAGUUAGAAGAGAAAAACAUCGCGUGUUCCCGUAUAGAUGCCCAUAGCACAGUCAUUAUGAAUACUAACACAUCUUGUUGUUCUAUUGUCGUUAAUUGCGCUAGUGGUCCAUUGCGUCAAUCUGCAAUGAAGUGUGUGGCUCAAAUGGGCUGCAUUUUGGACGCUUGUGAAGAAGACAUGAAGAAUAACAAAGAUUUUGGAAUGUUCUUCUUGAAUGAUAUGAAGAAUUAUAAGGGUAUCAGAGUGUCCAGUAUAUUCAAACCGGAAUUAGCUGAAGAGAAGAAGAAAAUUCAAAUGUGGAUAGCUGAUGGUAUCCUGAAGGGUGUAGUUAGACCUUUACAUCGCAUCGUGUACUCUCCAACGGAGGUCUCCCGAGCAUUCAGACUGCUGUCACUAAAGAGGUUCUGUGGCAAUGUCCUCAUAAAGAUGAAGGACCCGAAUGUUUCGAGCGAAGAUUUAUGCAUCACUCCAAGACAAAACUACUCUGCUGAUGGAUCCUACAUCGUAGUGUGUGAUGAAUCUGAGCUUGGUUUUGAAGUCGCUGAUAGGCUGGUUCGUCGUGGCGCUAGAAACCUGCUUCUCAAUCUGAAGCCCAACUCUUCAGCUGGAUAUUGUUAUACGAAAGUAGCGUCUUGGAAAAAACAGAACGUAAAUGUCAGAAUGUCUUCAGAAGACUUGUCAACGGAUAAGGAAUGUGUUAACCUGAUAAAAGAUGGGGCUCAAUUAGCGCCUGUUUAUGGAAUAUUCGUAAUUCAGAAUUAUAAGACUGACGCCAAACAAGAAGAUUUGGACGCAGAGACUUUGGCGCAGAAAUUCAACAACACUGUUCGUGUUGUUGCAAACCUGGAUGUUUCUUCUAGAAACCUCUGUAACAAUUUGCAGCAUUUUGUGGUCAUGAACUAUGCAUCAAAGGGAGCCAGCGACGAAUACGCGGUUUCUGUGAUUGAGAAAAUAUGUGAGGCGCGCAAUGAAGCAUGCUUGCCAGCCCUCGCUUUCCGCGUCGACUCGAUCAAUGAGUUCGAUACUAAUGGAGAAAACGGUACAAAAACACGAUCACAGAAACUGUCAACAGUUAUGAACGCUUUGGAAACAAGUUUGAAACUAAAUUACACGGAUGUCGUGUCAUUUGAUUUGAAGAAAAGAAACAAUUACGAUUUCUUAGCGAAAGUCGCUAAAAUUAUUGGAGUACAACACUUGGAUGAUAUCGAAGACAAUCUGACCUUGGCUGAGUUGAGCAUGAACGACAUCAACUUGCAAGAAAUGAAGUUACUCAUCAAGAAUGUGUAUAAUAUUGACUACAGUACUGAGUCUUUAUCUCAACUGGAUGUUGCAAGCUUAAAGAGUUUCGGCAGUAUCAAGAAGUUGCAUAACACCAAAUUCGAUGCUGGCUUGGGAGCCUUCUAUACUUACACUGACGAUGACGAGUGCAUGGCUACUGAGCCAAUGAUUCAGAUGCCGACCAGGAUUAGCAGCGCUACCGAGGAAGAACAAGAACUGGAUCCAAAGGAAACUUAUUUGAUCAUGAUACCAGGAUUCGAAGGUCACCAUCAAAUAUUCCAACGCGUCACUGAGAGGCUGAAGGUUAGAGCCAUGACCUUCCAACUUGGACCCGACAUGACCCAGGAUAAUAUUCAGAAAAUGGCUGUUGAUAUCUUGAAGUUCAUGAAGAAGAGGUUUGAACUUAAAUCCAACUUCUAUCUGUUGGGAUAUUCGUUUGGUGUGAACGUUGCUCUAGAGUUGGCCGCAUUGUUCGAAAAAGAAGGACGCGUGGGAACUGUGUAUUGUUUGGACAGCAGCCCAGAUGCAUUAAAAGUCCAGCUAGAUGCUUAUGUUGGCAAUUUGACUGAUAUACAGCUACAGAACAAAAUCGUUGAGCACAUGUACCGUCUCAUGACAGGAAGAGACAAUGAGGAACUGAAGAACGACUUGGAGAAAUCAGAGAGUUGGUCAGAGAAGAUGGAAGCAUGCGUCAGCCGACUGAGAUUGGCGAGCUAUUCCUCCCAGUACAAGAGAAAUAUCCUAGAAUCGGCAUACCGAAGGAUCAUGUUAGCGAGACAAUAUGAGCCGGAAUUCAAACUUGAAUCCCAAAUAGUCCUCAUGAGAGGCAUUGCUCAUCCAAAAGCAGAAGCUCUUCCCGAAGACUACAACUUGUCGAAAUACACCACGAAGCCAGUAAAGGUGUUCAACAUUGAGUCUGAUCAUGCCUCAGCACCCCAAGACUCCAGAGUCUCAAAUAUUAUAAACAAGUUCUUGGAUAACGAAUUGCUAUCGAAAUUCGAAAAAGAAGCUCUCUGCGAAACGUACUUGGUCGAAUCAUUCAAGAUAUUGUAGACUCGUCAUUUUUUAAACGUUCAUUGAAAUUUCAAUGUACGUUGGUUACUAAGUUAGUUUAAAUACGGUCAUCAAUAAUUAUGUUAGUAACUUAAUAAAUUAUAUUACUUUAAACAA